AUGUCUGCCAAAUCGCGAUGGGCAGACGAGGACCCAGAAACAGAAGCGAUUCUCGCCGCCCAGAAACGCGAGAAGGAGGAGAAAAAACGCGCCAAGGCAGAGAAACAGCGUCAACUUGAGGCUAGCAAGGCUCAGACUGCAACGGACGCUGGCGAUGAUGCUCAAUCACGCAAUGGUGACUCUGGGCCUCCUACCAAGAGACGAAGGUUAUCGAAUGAUCACGAUACGAACGAUACCGAGGUCCCUGAGAACACGGAACAGAAGAAGCAAACACCCUUACUGCGGUUUCCUGUGCGCGAGUGGGGGACUUGUCGACAUGUGGAUAAUUUUGAACGAUUGAAUCAUAUUGAAGAGGGCUCUUAUGGAUGGGUAUCACGAGCAAAGGAUAUCAAUACUGGAGAAGUGGUGGCUUUGAAGAAAUUGAAGAUCGAGAACUCGCCGGACGGGUUCCCUGUGACAGGAUUACGGGAGAUCCAGACACUCUUAGAGGCGCGACAUGCGAAUGUGGUUUAUUUAAGGGAGGUGGUCAUGGGAAACAAGAUGGAUGAUGUAUACCUGGUUAUGGAUUUUCUCGAACACGACCUCAAAGCUCUCCUCGAUGAAAUGCGCGAACCUUUUCUCCCAUCAGAAAUCAAGACUGUACUUCUCCAGGUAGUUGGCGGUCUUGAAUUCCUUCACGCGCAAUGGAUCAUGCACCGCGAUUUAAAAACAUCCAACCUCCUCAUGAAUAACCGCGGCGAGAUCAAAAUCGCCGACUUCGGUAUGGCCCGGUACUACGGUGACCCACCACCAAAAUUGACCCAGCUCGUCGUGACACUCUGGUAUCGAGCUCCUGAGCUACUCCUCGGAGCAGAAAAGUAUGGACCGGAGAUCGACAUGUGGAGUAUUGGUUGCAUCUUCGGUGAACUACUCACCAAAGAACCUCUACUACAAGGAAAGAAUGAAGUGGAUCAGGUCUCCAAGAUCUUCGAUUUAACCGGGCCCCCGAAUUCACACAUCUGGCCCGGUUUUAGAUCUCUACCUAAUGCUAAAUCCUUACGUCUGCCAUCAAACUCGAAUGCUCCUUCCUCGAGUGAUACUCCUCUUCUACCUCGAUCACGAUUCCCAUACUUGACAAAUGCGGGCCUGGGCUUGAUAUCAGAGUUGUUGGCCCUUAACCCAGCUUCGCGUCCCACUGCACGCCAAUGUCUUGCUCAUCCAUAUUUCCGGGAAGACCCACGGCCCAAGCCGAAGGAGAUGUUCCCUACGUUUCCUUCGAAAGCGGGAAUGGAGAAGCGGAGACGGCAUCAUACCCCAGAAGCUCCGAAGCAUGGCCAGGAAGCGCCUGAGCUGGAUUUUGCGGGGGUAUUUGGUAGUGCGCCUGGAGGGGACACCGGUGAGGUUGGCGCUGGGUUUAGUCUUCGUCUUGGCUAA